AUGAGGACCAGCAAAUUUAAUGUCCAAGAAUGUGCAGCCGUUAACUCAUCAGCCCCUAACUUCGUGGGAUGCUCCCCUUUCAGUCUGACAACUGGCGGUACAAGUGCCAGACCUGCUUCUACGGCGUCAACAGGUGCAAGUGGAUCGACAUUGGGAGGUGAUCUAGCGUCCAUACCCACAGCGUAUACAAACACAAGGAUUGGCACAGCUAGCUUCGGAGGAAAUGCACUGCUCACCGGCUCGUGUACUGUUCCUGUGUUCGCACAAGUGACAGAAACAUCUGGUGCGGUUCUCCAAUUUCCGCAAGUUGGGUGUGCCUUGAAUCGAGGCAAUUGCUGUCCCUACGACCCCAGCGAAUUUGCAGGGUUGACCAAAUGUCCUUCGGAUUACACUACAACCGCUGGAGCAUGUUGUCCAAACGGAUAUUCGAUAUACUCAACCGCUAUCGGCGCGGAAACGCCGUGUUAUUCGAAGCCAAGUCAAACGUAUCUCCCCGCUUCGACAACAUCGGACGGCCAGACAACGCUGAUUACGGACACUCUCUUCAGCAGGAGAUAUACUUUGACCAAGCCUGCGGGUGAACAGUUUCCUAAAGGUGCCAUUGCUGGCAUUGUGAUAGGCGUUUUGGUCGCUCUUGCUACUCCUCCUCUGAUUGUGUUGUUUAUCCGCCGCAUGAAGACGAAGAGUGCCAAUAAAUCAGAAGGUGUAGAAAAGGACGGAGCUGGUGCAACAUUCCCUUCAAUCGAGCCCACAUUAGACGCGAAUCAGCAGAUCAGUGAAGUGGCAGCUUUGUCGCCUCAAGAGCUUGCAAGUCCUGACUCAGGUAUUCAAACGCCAGCAACGUACAAGAGCAUGCCUUUCCAAUCACCGUUUGUCAGAUCACCACCGGCAUAUGAGGCUCCGGCUUCAGUACCUGUUGAAAUGCCAGGAAGCAUUUUCAUGAACGAACAUCAUCCAGCAUAUACAGGCUCACAAACAGAGUUGACGCCCCGGACACCGCCUAGAAGUCCUCCACACUCUCCUUCACAGACCGCAAGCACAAGGUCACCAGUGCUGUCCCCCUCAUCUCCCUUCAGGACAGAUAGUCCUUCGGAUACCAACACGUUUAUCGUUACGCCAUUAGGUUCCCCGAGAUUUCGGGAGGACAUGACAUAA